ACGUGAUGCAGCGCUGUAAGGGUUACUGAGGCGCUGGAGCAUCAUCAUCAUCCUUUCAUGGGCUGCGUCGUCUUCUGACUGUCACAAGAUGCAACAGAUCUUUUCCAACAAACUGAUGAUACCGUCUCAUCCUUCGCCAACAGAAGAUUUGGCCUGAUACAGAUGUGCAAUCAAAGUUAACAUCGCAGACUUUAUUCGGCAAGGUUGCGCUUUUAUUUUAAACACCCGUUGUGAUUAAGGAAUAAUGCGCGCGCAGGUGACAGGGUGUGAUUUACUAAUUCAACGACAAGGUGACGAGAGUUUUGAAAGAGAUGAAACGGAGAGUCAUUUUUAGGGUAGUCUGACUUUUAUUCUAACUAAUCUGUUUUUCUUUGUAAAUAUAGUGAGAAAUGCCUAAGCGCGCGUAAAUGCCAAUUCGGUCGUGUUACGCGGACGUUUUGUUCGUGUUUUGGUGUUUACUAUCGUGUCAAAGUGCCCAUGAAUGAGGAACAACGCAAGCAUCCACCCAUAGACUGAGAAUCUAGAAGAGUUUCUGCGUUAACAGGUGGUUCUUCGCGCCUCUGAUGGUCAUGUUGACGGCGGAAACUCUACAGUUGUUCGACUUUCGUAACUGACGACAGCUGCGCAGGUUUAGAAAGCCAAGAAAGUUACUAGGUAAAAGCCUCUCUAUCUAAAUCUAUGAUCAGCUCGGUGUGUGUUUCGUCGUACCGCGGGCGUAAGUCAGGCAACAAACCUCCUUCCAAAUCAUGUCUGAAGGAAGAGAUGGCCAGAGGCGAAAACUCGGACAAAAUCAUCAUCAACGUCGGCGGCACGCGCCACGAAACCUACAGGAGCACCCUUAGGACCAUACCGGGCACGAGACUCGCCUGGCUCGCCGACACGGACCACCAGGUGAACCCGGAUUCAGACACGGGACAGACGCCCAGCGCCAGCGAAUUAUUUUUUGACCGACACCCGGGCAUAUUCGGCUAUGUGCUGAACUACUACAGGACCGGCAAGCUGCACUGCCCGGCGGAUGUGUGCGGCCCUCUGUUCGAGGAGGAGUUAGCGUUUUGGGGCAUCGAUGAGACUGACGUGGAGCCCUGUUGCUGGAUGACCUACCGCCAGCACAGGGACGCAGAAGAGGCGCUGGAGAUUUUCGAACCGCCAGAUCCGGAGGAUGCGGAGGAUGACCAGGACAUGCCCAGACGCUUCGGCAUUGAGGACAGCCCUGGCCGGUCCAGGGGAUGCUGCGAAGUUUGGCAACCAAAAAUAUGGGCGCUCUUUGAAGAUCCAUAUUCUUCGCGUGCAGCCCGGAUAAUUGCCUUUGUCUCCCUGUUUUUCAUCCUGGUGUCCAUCACUAACUUCUGCCUGGAGACCCACGAGGUCUUCAAUGAACUUCGUAAUGUCACAUCUACAAAUACUGAAAGCAACUCCACCAUGACCCCCGUCAUCUCGAAGAUGGAGAUGGAGCCCAAACCAGUGCUGACGUUGGUGGAGGGAAUCUGUGUGGUGUGGUUUACCUUCGAGUUCCUGGUCCGCAUCAUAUGUUGCCCAAACAAGCUUCUUUUCAUCAAGAACCAGCUAAACAUCAUUGACUUUGUUGCCAUCCUGCCCUACUAUUUGGAGCUGAGUUUGACCGGCGUCAAAUCCGAAGCUGCCAAGGAUGUCCUGGGCUUUCUGCGCGUGGUCCGUUUUGUGCGCAUCCUACGGAUCUUUAAGCUCACUCGACACUUUGUGGGUCUCAGGGUUCUCGGCCACACCUUGCGGGCGAGUGUGAAUGAGUUCUGUCUGCUCAUCAUCUUUCUGGCGCUCGGGGUGCUCAUCUUCGCCACCAUGAUCUAUUACGCCGAACGUAUUAGCGCAGAUCCCCAAGACCCUAGUGGCUGCAACCACACGCAUUUCAAGAGCAUUCCCAUCGGCUUCUGGUGGGCAGUGAUCACAAUGACGACAGUAGGCUAUGGGGAUAUGUACCCUAAAACGUGGCUGGGCAUGAUGGUCGGUGCAUUAUGUGCGUUAGCAGGUGUGCUUACCAUCGCCAUGCCAGUGCCCAUUAUCGUUAACAAUUUUGGGAUGUACUACUCACUGGCUAUGGCCAAGCAGAAGUUGCCCAAGAAGAAGAAGAAGCACAACCCAAACCCACACAUGGUGAUGAACUCUGCCUCGUUUGGGAAGUCUGAAAGCAACUCCCCUAGGAACAGCACACAAAGUGACACAUGCCCCCUUGCUGCUGAGGAGAACCUUAGAAGAAACCGCUCAGAUUCCAAGCAGAAUGGUGAUGCUACCGUAACUCUUUCUGAAGAGGAGAGCUGCAGUCUGACCCAGCCGCUCUCUCCGGGCGAGAGGUGGACGCUUCGAUGCUCACGCAAUAGAGACAAGCCCAUGAAAGAGGCAACUUGCUUCCUGCUAAAUUCUGGAGACUUUUCUUGUGGAGCUGAACCCACCAUCCACACAGAGAGCUGUAAAGAUGCACUCACAUCCCCAGCAAACUACACUCAAGCAGAAGUCACUACCCUGACCUGAGGGGGGUUUGUCCUGAUGGGACGAGUGGGUCACUCAUGUGGGAUGCUCACCAAUCUCUCAUCUUCUCAUCAAUCAUGCAUCAUGCAUCGUCUUUCUCAGUCAAGAAUAUGGAACAUUUCUAGUCAAAUCAUCAUGUGUGUCUGUCCAUUUUAAAUGCUGCCAGGCAUGUCUUUGCAUGAUAGAGCACAAGUACUUUUGGUAAAAAUGUAACUUUAAUAUA